AUGAGACAUUCAAACUCACCAGUUCCCUCCAUUCGUCCCAUCACCGCAGGAUUCUAUGUCCCAAUCGUAACACCAUUCAGCAAAGAAACAGAAGGACUUGACUAUCCAGCCCUCCGCCAACAUGUCACCUGGCUAGCAAAGUGCUCCGUUGCCGGCAUAGUAACCCAGGGGUCCAAUGGCGAAGCGGUACACCUUAGUCACACGGAGCGACAAAUCGUGACAAGUACAACGAGGGAGGCACUUAACAGCGCCGGCUUCGACGACCUGCCCAUCAUCGUCGGCUGCGGCGCGCAGUCCACGCUCGAGACGAUUGAGCUCUGCAGCCACGCCGCCCAGGCCGGCGGCGACGCAGCACUAGUGCUCCCACCGUCCUACUACCACAGUCUGUACAACGAUGCCUCGAUACUGGACUUCUUCGCAGACGUGGCCGAUGCAUCCCCAAUUCCAAUCCUCAUCUACAACUACCCCGGCGCAACAUCUGGCUUCGACAUGGACUCGGAUGCCAUCAUCUCUCUGAGCAAACACCCUAAUAUCAUCGGCUGUAAGCUGACCUGUGGCAACACGGGCAAGUUGAACCGUAUUGUAGCUGCGACAAGCGCAAGUAGCAAGCCUGCCUUUCUCUGUAUGGGCGGAUCGGCAGACUUUACGACUCAGGCUUUGGUAGGUGGUGGCUCUGGCAUCAUCGGUGGACUGGGCAACAUUGCACCUCGAGCGUGUGUGAAGGUCUUUGAUCUGUACAAAGCUGGAAAAAUUGACGAAGCAGUUAAGAUGCAAGGAGUCGUUGCGCGCGGAGACUGGGUAGCAAUUAGAACAGGUAUUGUUGGAACUAAGGCUGCAAUGGAAUCGUACCUUGGUUAUGGUGGAUGUUGCCGUAAACCUGUCCCUCGUCCAACAAAAGAAGAGGUGGAGAGAUACGUUGAGGGUUUCGCCGAGUUGUUUGAACUUGAGAAGACUCUAGUGCUGUAG